GUUAAUAAGUAACGAACAGCUUUAUGUCGCUUUGGUGUCACAUUUAUAGACGUUUCACUAGAUAGCGCGUGUAUUCAUCGUGAUCCCAGCUGCGCAUGCUCAGAGCCGGUGACGAAUUAGCUGCAGGUUGCUGGGCCUCCCGGACACCGGCGAUGUCAGAUAACAGCACCGGCAGCAGCGGCUCAUCCACUAACAGCUGGACCCUCCUCUCUCCAGAGGAGGCAGACAUUGCUGGAGCAGGAGACGAUGGAACUGAGAGUAUUGGUGAUGUACCCAGCCUUUCAGAGGAACUUGCAGGAAGCUGCUUGGAGAUGAAGCCAAGUGAUCAUGAAGCUCCACCGGAGACUGUCCUGUCAGAAGAAGGACACCAGGUUUGCCAGGAAACCUCCCCGGAGUUAUUUGACGAGGGCGCAGUGUCUGGUCCAAGUGUUGAGGCUGAUCCUGAGAUCUGUGCACCCGUCAUCCACGCUACUAUCACAACCUCACCACCGGACAACGACCUGCUCGGGGCCGUUCCCUUCAGCAUAUCUACCGAGUCAUCAGUCUUUCUUUCACAGGAGCCUUUCCUUGAAACAUCCUAUGAAGAAUCUUUAUUUAACCUGCAGCCUGUCUUCGAUUUUUCACCCAAAGAAUAUGUUGUAGCUGAAACAGCACCUGAACAUGUGGAUAAAGAUGCCCCAGUCUCAGAACCCAUAGCUGAAAUUGGACCUGUUUCUGAACCUCUACAUGACUUUCCUCCUGCCUCAGAACCUGUACAUGAAAUUGCCCCUGCCUCAAAACCUAAAGCUGAACUUUCUCCUGCCAAAGAACCCAAAGCUGAAAUCGCCCCUCCUUCAGAGCCCGUAACUGAAAUUGGACGUGUCUCAAAACCUGUAGAUGAAAUUGGACCUGCCUCAGAACAUAAAGCCGAAACUACCCCUGCCUUAGAACAUAAAGCCGAAACUACCCCUGCCUUGGAACAUAAAGCCGAAACUACCCCUGCCUUGGAACAUAAAGCCGAAACUACCCCUGCCUUGGAACAUAAAGCCGAAACUACCCCUGCCUCGGAACAUAAAGCUCAAAUUGCCCCUUCUUUAGAGCAUGUAGCUGAAAUUGGACAUGUCUCAAAAUUUGUAGAAGAAAUUACCCCUGCCUCAGAACCUAAAGCUAAAACUACCCCUGCCUCAGAACCUAAAGCUGAAAUUACCCCUGCCUCAGAACCUAAAGCUGAAACUACCCCUGCCUCAGAACCUAAAGCUGAAAUUACCCCUGCCUCAGAACCUAAAGCUGAAACUACCCCUGCCUCAGAACCUAAAGCUGAAACUACCCCUGCCUCAGACCCUAAAGCUGAAACUACCCCUGCCUCAGAACCUGUGAAUGAAAUCAGACCUGCCUCAGAACAUAAAGCUAAAAUUGUCCCUGCCUCAGAACCCGUAGUUGAAAUAAGCCCCAUCGCUGGACCUCCAGAUAUAACCCUUGGCUCUGAGAGUAGUCGUACCUCUGCAGUCCCUGUGUCAGAUAUUGAGACCGGGGUAAGCUCUUGCCCUGAAAGCUCGUCCCCUAGUCUGUCUUCACCAAUUAAUUUUAGCUCUGCAGCUGAAGGCCCUUAUCCUAAAACCCCUGCUUCCUCAGUCUUGGAAAAGAAAGAGCUUGUAUCUGACACUGAGGAACAGAAGUCCGUGUUUGUCUCGAGGGAAGCAGAGUCUCUUGGCACCGAUGUGCUUAUUGAGUCCCGAGGACAGGGCAGCGGACUGCGACAGCGACGUGUGCAUUAUUCUGAGGAGCUGAGACAGAGCACAGAUGAGGAAGACGAAGAGGAGUUUCAGCUGCCGGACAGGAAAGAAGAGAGACCUGGCUUUGCAAUAAGUUACCUGAUCAUAGGAGCUCUGGCACUGUUAUGUCUAGGGUCCCUUUUUUUUUCUGGUUCUGUACUCGACCAGGCUGGUGAUGACUUUGAUGGCUCAGAGUUAAGUGACCAGGAACUUCUUGAAAAACUUGUGGAAGAAAACAAGCAGAUUUCCAUACUGGAGAAGCAAAUACAGGUUGGAACAGCCAUAACUUGUUGUGUUACGGAACAAAGGGAUGAACUGGACAGGGCGUUGAGGGCAGCGGCAGAGAAACCAAUCAGUGAAGAAGAACAUGCCAGGAUGAAGGAAGAAUUGUCUGCAUUGCCAAGUCUGAAAGAAGAAUUAGAGGCACUUAAAGCUAGGAUCUCUGAGCUCACUCAGCUCACAGGUAACCAACUCUCAGAACCUUCUCCUGGACCUGACAGGCGGCGGGGGAGACAAGAUGAGCUCACGAGACAAAUGACUCUUCUGGAACAGAGCAGAACGCGGUUGGAAGGGAUGAAAAAACAGAACCAACCCAAGAAAUGGUUAAGAGAAAGACUGGUUGAGAUGCAGCAGAGGUUAUCAGAACAGGUCGACCACAUAGGCAGGAAAGAUGAGUGGAGGAGGAAGCACAAGGGAGGAGAAGCAAGGAAGAAUGAGAUGGGUGACAGUGUCCAAAAGCGCAAAGAGCUCUUAAAGAAGUACCGCUAUGACUGGGAGCAUAAGAAGUCUGAGAGGAAGCUGGAAAGAGAGACGAGGAAGCAGGAGAGGUCUUGGCAGGCCAGGCCCGGCCACAAGCAUAAGCAUGAUCAUAAAGUGCAGCAUGAAUCAAAGGACUUCUGGAAACUUCAGGAGAAGAAGCUCAGGAGCAACCGAAAUCCUCCUGAGCACUGCCAUGAUGUGUCCAGCUGUGCUGAAGUACAGGGCCUCAUUCGUGUUAAGCUCUCUGAUUUCCAGGACCUCCUGGAUGUCUACCUGAACAAGUUGCAAGGGCUCACUGAGGAGCACAAGCAAGCUUUCCAUCAUCUUGUUGCCCAGUCUUUUCAUGGUGGUGUCUUCAGCCACGACAGAUCACUCUUCAGUGAGUUUGUGGAAGAUGUGGCUGACAUUUUGGAGGACCUGGUGGAUGUUCUGAUGGACGAUGACGAGCUGGAGAAGGAGAUGGAGGAGUUUGAGAGGGAGGCGCUGUUGAAGUUUGCGGCGUAG